AUGGAAGAACUGACCCGAAGUCUGGUGAACGACGUCGAGGUACUGAACAACCACUUUGUUUCCACUGGCCAUCCCCUCCCUUCAUUUGAUCGUCAUACACCUACAGUUGUACUGCCUAAUGACGCCUCGCCGGAUGCUCAUGCUGCAAGAGAGCGAAUCCUGGACAAUGCCUUGCGCCUCUUCCAACUUGCCGCAGGCCCGAGUGCGUAUCUGUUGAACUUGCAGACGGGGUAUCAGUAUGCAUCAUGCGUACGAUGGCUAUGUCACUUUCAAAUUUUUCACCUAGUGCCUUUAGAGGGCUCCAUUGCUUACGCUGACCUUGCCGUCCUUGCCAAGGCACCUGAGCCUCAGCUCAUAAGUGUUGUCCGUAUGGCUAUGACGAAUGGUCUUUUCCUCGAAAGCCCACCGCAGCAUCUGGCACACUCCGCCACAUCUGCUUUACUGCGCAAUGAUGCCGAUUUUCAUGAUUGGGCCGUCACCAUGAGUGACCUAUCCUUUCCUACCGCCUUUGCAAUGGUGGAAGCACAUGAACGGUGGCCGAAUAGUGUCGAAGGGAACCAGACGGCGUAUAAUAUUGCCGUUGGUAGUGAAUUGCCCUUCUUCAGCCAUUUGGCCGAACAGUCAGACCGAAAACGGCAAUUUGCCGGCUUUAUGCGCAGCAUGGCGCGCAGCCAAGGAACAGAUGUUGAGAAACUCGCGGAAGGAUGGGACUGGGCCGCUCUUGGGCAAGCUUGUGUAGUCGAUGUGGGUGGGUCCACUGGCCAUACUUCGGUUGCGCUGGCCCGCAAAUAUCCUGACUUGAACUUCGUCGUCGAGGACUUGCCUGAGGUAGUGGCUGAGGGGCCUGGAUAUCUCUCCUACCUGGACGAUGCACAGGACCUGAAGUCGCGUAUUGGUUAUCGAGCACACAGCUUCUUUGAUCCACAGCCCGUGCAAGAUGCUGAUGUGUACAUGCUGCGGAUGAUACUACACAAUUGGUCGUUCGAUGACUGUGUGCGGAUACUGUCGCGUCUUGUCCAGACUUUGAAGCCUGGUGCACGUAUCAUCAUUGUCGACAUUGUGUUGCCGGAUCCCGGCGUGGUUUCAGCAUCCAAGGAAAGGUUGUUGCGCGUCCAAGACCUGAUAAUGCAGCAGGUGUUCAACAGCAUGGAAAGAUAUCUUGAGAAUUGGAUGGACAUCUUUAGAAAGGUCGAUGAACGGCUUGAAGUGAAGAGAAUUGUGGAGCCUCCUGGAAGUUUAAUGUCACUGAUUGAGUUAAGCAUGGCUGCAUAG